AUGGCCGAGUUAUCCAAGGAAACGGCCGAGUCCAAGGCUCCGGCUGCGGCCAAGACGGUGUCGGUGGAUGCACAUGAUGCCGACCGAUUGCGUCUGGAGCAGAUGGGCCACGAGCAGGAGCUGAAGCGGCACUUUACUGUUUGGAGCUUGAUCGGCUUGGCUUCAACCACGACCAUUUCUUGGACUGGCUUGGGUCUUGGUCUGAUCGCAGAGAUCAAUGCAGGCGGCCCCGGUGCCGUCAUCUACGGCUUCAUCCUGGUGUGGAUGCUGCAAUGCUUCCUCGGCGCCUCAUUGGCCGAGUUCGUCUCGGCGUAUCCCACCGAGGGUGGAAUGUACCACUGGGUUGCGGCCAUCGCGCCGCGCAAGCACAGUGGCUUUCUCUCCUUCAUCACGGGCUGGUGGAGCUGCUGCGGCUGGAUCUUUACCACUGCCUCGACCAACCUGGUCUACGCCCAGAACUUCAUGGCACUCAUCGCACUGUACCGUAGCGACCUUGUCAUCGAGACGUGGAUGACGUUUGUCGUCUACCAGGUCACCAACCUGGCCACGGCCAGCAUCGUGCUUUUCGGAAACAAGAUCAUUCCCGCACUGAACAAGUUCUCGCUCUUCUACCUGCAGGUGGCCUGGUUCGUCCUGAUGGUCACGGUCGCCGCCUGCGCACCGCGUCACAACGACGCCACCUUUGUCUUCCGUACGUGGGUUAACAACACGGGCUGGCAGAACAACGUCAUCUGCUUCAUCACCGGCCUCGUCAACCCGCUGUACUCGCUCGGCGGCCUCGACGGCAUCACGCACAUCACCGAGGAAAUGCCCAACCCGUCUCGCAACGCCCCGCUCGCGCUGCUCAUCACGCUGACCAUCGCCUUCGUCACCGGCCUGACGUACCUCAUCACCCUCAUGUUCUCGGUGCAAGACUACGCCGCCCUCGCCGACACGUCGACGGGGCUGCCGCUCGCCGAGCUCUUCCGGCAGGCGACCAACUCGACGGGCGGCGCCUUCGCCCUCAUCUUCCUGCUCUGGAUCGCGCUGGGGCCGUGCAUGGUCGGCUCGCAGCUCAGCACCAGCCGCGUGGUGUGGGCAUUCGCGCGCGACCGCGGCCUGCCGCUGUCGUCGCAGCUGGCCAAGGUGUCGGGGCGGUUCCGCGUGCCGUUCAACGCGCAGCUGUUCGUCACGGCCGUCUGCGCGGCGCUGGGCUGCCUGUACCUCGGCUCGUCGACGGCCUUCAACGCCAUGCUCGGCUCCGCCGUCACCAUCAACAACAUCGCCUACCUCAUCCCCAUCCUGACCAACCUGCUGCAGCGCCGCUCCGUCCUCGUCCGCGGCAAGUUCCACAUGGGCACCUGGAAGGGCAUGGUGGUCAACGCUCCCGUGACGGCUGAGAACAUGAAUUACACGUGCGUUUGUGUGGGCGGCAUCGGCAUCAUUGCGCUGACGUGGUGGUUUGUGGCGGGUAAGCGGUUCACGGAGAAGAUGGCGAAGGCGAAGGAGGAUGAGGUUUCGAGGGAGGCGGCUGAGGCGGUGUUGAGGGGUGGGGUUGUCCCUGUGAAGGGGGCUGAGUAG